AUGACAAUUGAGGAGCUAGUACAACAACCGGGGCGGACACUUCUCCGACGACUCCAUCCAAAAAGGCUUGAAGGGAGCACAUGGUUUGGUUUUUCUAAAAAUGGCAUAUUCAAAUCAAUUUUACGGAUGUUGCAUGGGAUGCUCAAACAUCCGUAUCCGACGUACAAUGAUAUGCCUCGCAACAAUCAAGAGAUUUGGUUUAGAACUUUUGCGUUGGGAUCAUGUCCACACACCCUCUGGCCGUGUUGGGUUUCACAAGUAUGCUGCAUCAAAAUUUUCAGACCACAUGAACAUUUGGAAAGAAAAGUGGGCAGCAGGCGAGUGUCCAAAAGGCUUGAACCCAGACAUAUGGCCUCGCUACAAAGAGUAUUGAGCGUUGCCGGAGACUGCUUGUACCGCGAAAACCAACUCAAAAUAUCGGAAAAGCGAAUGUGGUGGCAAAGGUAUGACGGUGCACAAUGCGGGUUCGACGAGCUUCUUAAGCCGUACAAGCGAAUUGAGAAUAACGGAGGUGUGGAACCUGAUUUUGUAGAAAUCAUUGAGGAUACACACACCAACAAGAAAGCUGGAUUAAUUCAAGACGGUUACAUCGCAGGUCUCGUUGAGACACAACUUCCUCAAAAUGAUGAUGGUUCCUCACCAUCCAACGUCCAAACCCGAGAAAAAAUCAAUCGCAUGGUUUUUGAGGAAAUUCCACCAAACCGAGGUCGUGUGAUAGAGUUAGGUAGCCUUAACCAAAGCACCAGAUAUUUUUAUGCCGGCCCAUCACGGGAUUCUGAUAUCUUUGCAGAGCUUGAGGAGAAAGACAAGGAGAUCUUAGUUUUGAAGGAGCAAAACAUGAAGAUUCUUGAUUUCAUGCGUUCAAAAUUUUCUGAUUUUCCCAAUGACCCGUUAGAAAUACGAACAACGUCGGUAACCCGUCGGAAAUACAUCGUCGGUAAUCACUCGGGAAUAACGUUGUGGGGAAAUCGUCAGAAGAAUAUACCGACCAAUUUUCAACAACGUUCUGAUGCAAUGCCUGUCAACAAUAUUCGUUAG